GGCCAUUUAGUAUUUUUUUGAUUUCGUGCCGUGCGUUUGAGUUUUUGGUGCUACCUCGCUCGGUUUCUGGCGUUUUGUGUUUGUGUACGCGCGCGCGUGUGUGUGAGAGAAAAGAAGCCGCUAAGGAAAAUCCAAUUCUUGGAAAUCUUAUCAAUGAAAAUGCCAUCGUGCUUACCACGUCUCUAGCCUAGCCGUUGUUGCCGUUUAGCUUGUUUGCUUGUUUGUUUGUGUGCGUGAAGCUGCUGUCAGCGUCGCUGCUACCACGCCCACACGCACACACAUACACGCACGCAGGCACACGCACACACAAGCAUGGCAGCCACGGUGUAUAAACGCCUACAGAUUGGCGGAGGCGGCGGUCUUAUGAUGAGUUCCACCAACUCCCCCGCCACCAUUGCCGGCUCCUCGCCCAUGCUGGGUCACUCGCAGCUGACGCGUUCCCUGGAACGCAUCCUGGAGGAGGCGCACUUCAGCGGAGAGCUGAUACUGACCAAUCGCAAGCUCAAGGAUUUCCCCAAAAUGGGCACCAAAUUUAGUUUAACGGAUACCGUCAUUGCAGAUCUGUCUCGAAAUAGAUUCUGUGAGCUGCCCGAGGAGAUCACAACGUUUGCGUUUCUGGAGACGUUGCUGUUGUAUCACAAUGCAAUACGUAGCAUACCGGAAUCAGUAAAGCAACUCUCCUCAUUAACGUAUCUGGAUCUGCGUAGUAAUCAGCUGAGUUCACUGCCACGUGAGAUUUGCUUCCUGCCGUUGCAAGUUCUGCUAGUGUCCAACAAUCGAUUGGCCACGUUACCCGAUGAGUUGGGACGACUCGAUCAGACGUUGACCGAUCUGGAUGCGUCCUACAAUCAACUGACGGCAUUGCCCGUGCGUCUUGGUGAGCUUCGGACUCUGCGCUCCCUCUCGCUGCGCAGCAAUCAACUGUUGUAUCUGCCUCGGGAGAUCACCUGCCUGAGCCUCGUCUCGCUGGACGUGAGCAACAAUCGAAUCGCCAGUCUUCCCCUGGAGAUCCGGCAUAUGAGCACGCUCGUCGAGCUGCAGUUGGAGAACAAUCCACUCACCGCUCCACCGGCAAGUCUUUGCAUGCGUGGUCUGGUGCACGUGUUUAAGUUUCUGGAGACGCAGGCAACGCGGGAGGAGAAGGGCGCUCGAGCUGGUGGCAAUUACGAUGGCUACACGACAUUGCGACGUGCACCGCGUCACAAUUCCAGUGGCAACAUGCUGGAGACGACAACCAGUCAACGGCAUGCGGCACGACAUCAAAUCGACUCUGGCUACAGCACCAGCGAUGGGCUGGACAAGCGUUGGUCCCACGAUGCACCCGUCAAAUCCAAGACAGACUCGCCGCUCCACUGUGCCACAUUGCCACGUGCAUUGACCCCCAGCAACAACAGCAGCAACAAUCAACAGCAGCAACAGUUGCCGCUGAGCGCGGAUUUGAUGGACGCUUCGUUAACUUCCAGCACGAGCACAAUUGUGGAUGAGAGUCUGACGUUGAGUGCGGGCAUUUCACCAAUGGCAUCGCCAUGCAAGCGAGCAACGACAUCUUCUGCGGAGCAGCUCAGUUAUAGCUCCAGCAAUGGCUCGUCGCCGGAUCAGGAUGAGGAUCUGAUGCUGGAUCAUCAGGAGCGCAGUGUGCACGGCAGCAAUGGCAAGCUAAACAAGAGCCUCAACAACAUACAGACCUACAAGGAGUACAAGGAGGCGUUGAAGCAGCAGCGCAAUCAGGAAAUUAGCAGCGUCUACAAGCAGAAGCAUCCCAAUGCCAAUCAGAGUCCAAAUGAUGAGGAACUGCCGCGUCUAACCAACGGCUCAGCAACAGCAACACUGCCAAAGUCCAUCAUGAAACAGCCGAGCAGCAACGGAAGUAAUGGCCAUAAUGGCAAUGGCAUCGGCAACGGCAUCGAUGAUGUUGUUAUACCAAAGAAACCCAUUCAAAAAGUGAUACCUUCACGCAACACAGAGUUAAUGUCAUCGCAAGCAUUAAAGUCAUCGCCCACAUCCUCGCCAGAAGCCAAUGGUGCCAAUUGCCUGGGAUAUGUGAAGCCGCAUAGUCCAAUGAAAAAUGGCAUUGGUGUUCUCACCAACAGCAACAAUAAUAGCAGCAGCAGCAGCAGCAGCAGCAAGUUCAAUACGUCCAAUGGGGUUGGAGCUGCCACAAGCAGCGUCAUUAAGUCACCUGUCAGUGCAACAAGUAAACUUGGCACAGUAAAAACUCAUCGCACGGUCACCUGGAAUCAUGAUAUACCAGCUGAAAAACUGAGCUUCACCAUGAGACGUGAAUUCGAUCGGCAGCGCGAGGAAACUGAACUCAUGUCGCAACUGCGGAGUAUCAUUGAGACGCGUUUAAAGAUGACGCUGCCUGAGGAUAUUGCAGCUGCACUUACAGAUGGUGUCAUUCUUUGUCAUUUGGCCAACUAUGUGCGGCCUCGCUCUGUGGCCAGCAUUCAUGUGCCGUCGCCUGGUGUGAACAAACUCUCUAUGGCACGCUGUCGACGCAAUGUGGAUAAUUUUUUGGAGGCCUGUCGUCGCAUUGGCGUGGAUGAGGAGUUGAUUUGCUCCUGUGCAGAUGUUGUGCCACAACAAAGCGAGCAACAACGCGCUGACGAUGACUAUGAUGCUGAUGUGUAUGUCAAUGAUAACGACAGCAGCAACACUGCUAGCAGCAGCAGCAACAGCAACAGCAGCCACAACAACAACAACAACAACAAAAUUGAUAACAAUGCUGGCCAUAAUAAUCGUUGCCAAGUGCCAAAUGCGGUGGCCCUGUUGCGCACAGUUGCCGCAUUAAUUGCCCUGGAUGCAAAUCCUCAUCAUCAGCAUAUGCGUUACCUGCAGCAGCAGGAAGAGUUGCAGCUGAAGCUGCAACAGCUGCAACAGUUGCAACAGCCAAUUAAUUUGUGUGUUGCGCAACAUUUUGAGCAUGAGCAAUUAACAGUCACCUGCACCAAACAGCCAGAACAGAUGUUGCAGCAACAGCAGCAACAACAACAAUCACAACAAUUAGAAAAUGUAUUAUAUGAGAAUUGUAAAUAUGUCAAUGACAAGGAUGAGCAUAUGUCUGAUGAUGUGUCAAUGGCAACAACAGCAACAGCUUGCUGGCUAUACGAGCCACAACAACAUCAACAACAAUCACAACAACAACAACUGGGCACAAUGGGUCAACUGCUGCGCACGGCAAAACAGAAAACGUUUGAGAAGAUUAAACAUAAUUUAAUAAGUCCACAUGGCCAGCAUAGUUUUCAAUUGAACAACAACAAUCGCACGCUGCAGACGAUUAUUGAGAAUGAGCACGAUGUGGCCGCCGCUGGACCGGCUGGUCACUAUCAGCUUAUAGACGAGAAGCAACAACAACAACAACAGCAACAAACUAAACAGGAGACAACACUCGUUAAGCCGCUGGCGAAGCGCAUUGAAUUCUUCGAGCAGAAACCAAAACUAGAAGUCUUUAGCAUCUGUCGCAUUGAUGAUCAGCAACCACAACUAAAACAACACAAACUGGAGAAGCUGAAGCAGCAUGCAGCUGGCACUUCGUUGCUAAAGCACGACUCCCACACGUUGACCAUCAUUUUAUCCUGCGUCUUCAUUGCCACCUUUUUGUGGCUCGUCUUCUUCCCAUUGCCCGGCUAGCAAUGACAAGAAAAUUAGUUUCCACAAUAGCUUUUAUUGCCUUUAUGUAUUGCCAAUAUUUUUAAGAGAACUCGCAGCUUAUAUUGCGCUUGUACUAAUCGAUAAACAAAACAUUUAACUCUUGUAGUGAGUUCUUGAGGCUGCUUUUUGUUUAAGUGCUACUAAAAAAUAUAUAUGCAAAUAUGAUGUAUAUCUAGCUCUAGCUAUAGUUCCCAAAAACAGAUAUCAAUUUUGAGGCAUUUAUUUGAUAUAUAUACAACCCAAAGACUUUAAAGAGCUGACAUACAAAGGGUAUUCCCUUUUCCCCAAUUGCUCUCAUGUGAGAUUUAUAAAACAUAACUUUUCAUUCAUCAUACAAAAAUUAAUCAUUUCCCAUUUAUGAAACUAUUAUUUAUAAAGACACUUCAAUUUAAUUAAACAUAUAUACAUAUUUAAAUAACUAGUGCUAAGUUACAACGAACUAUUAAAUUGAUUUGAGUUCCGUUUUGCUAGUGAAACUAAGUAGAAACUAGAGUAAAGAAUGAAAAUAGAGUGAGUUAACCAGUUACCAGUGAAAGGUUUGUUGUUAUGGGGUCAGUGGACAGGUUUUAACUGAAGCAGGGACACAAAAUAGUUAUAGAAACAAGCGUGAAAUAGUUAUGUAGGUAACAAAUCAGAAAUACUAUGUACUAGACGAAAAACAAGUGCUUUUCCGUGGAGCACAACACUUUUAACAAUAUUUCUCUCAACGCACAAAAAAUAACAUUCACAAAAAAUUCACAAUACCAGUGCCUUUGACUGUGUAGCAGUUGACAGUCCAGAUCAGCUAUAUAACUAUAUAUAUAGACACAAGAUACACACACUUAAAGCAAUAAUUAUUCAUUUUGAUUAACUUAAAAUUAUAUAAUUUCUACUCAUGAACUAAGUGUGAACCGAAGGCUUCUUUUCCCAAUGACUUUAAAUGUAUUAUUUAUGUAUACCUAUAUAUUUAAAUUACUAAAAAUUACAUUCCUACAAAUAUCAUAUAUAAUUUGCUUUAAAAUUAUGCUAUAUACAUUAUAUUUAUUCAAUAUUCUGCAUAAGUACUUAAUGAAUUCUCGACGAAAAGCUAAUCAAAUUUCUAUAAGAAACACAAAACUGUAAUACACACACACACACUCAUAAAAACUCGAAAACUUGCAUACGUAUACAUAUAGAUAUGCAUAUUUAUAUAGUACUUAACAAGUAAAAAUGAAUUAAACCAUAUAAACACAUAUUUAUAUUUUGUCUAACAAAAUUGUAGAACAAAGGAAAUGAUGACAAAAACAUUCAGGCAGCUAUAAGAAAUGCAUAAAAAUUAUACUUACUUCAUAGAUCAUUAAUUUUUAUAAACAACAUUUAA